GGUCCCGUUGUGCUGCGGCUCCGCUCGGCCUGCGGUCCCGGGCCCGCGCCGCGCGCCGCCCGCCCGCCAUGGAGCCCGGCCCCGACGGCCCCGCCGCCUCCGGCCCCGCCGCCUCCGGCCCCGCUGCCAUCUGCGAGGGCUGGUUCCGCGAGACGUGCAGCCUGUGGCCCGGCCAGGCCCUGUCGCUGCAGGUGGAGCGGCUGCUACACCAUCAGCGCUCGCGCUACCAGGACAUCCUUGUCUUCCGCAGUAAGGCUUACGGCAACGUGCUGGUGCUGGACGGCGUCAUCCAGUGCACCGAGCGGGACGAGUUCUCCUACCAGGAGAUGAUAGCCAACCUGCCCCUCUGCAGCCACCCGGACCCCCGCAAGGUGUUGAUCAUCGGGGGCGGGGACGGGGGCGUCCUGCGGGAGGUGGUGAAGCACCCCUCAGUGGAGUCGGUGGUCCAGUGUGAGAUUGACGAGGAUGUCAUCCAGGUCUCCAAGAAGUUCCUGCCAGGCAUGGCAGUUGGCUACUCCAGCUCAAAGUUGACCCUACAUGUGGGUGAUGGUUUUGAGUUCAUGAAACAGAACCAGGAUGCCUUCGAUGUUAUCAUCACCGACUCCUCAGACCCCAUGGGCCCAGCGGAGAGCCUCUUCAAGGAAUCCUAUUACCAGCUCAUGAAAACAGCCCUCAAGGAGAAUGGGAUUCUCUGUUGCCAGGGUGAGUGCCAGUGGCUGCACCUAGACCUUAUCAAGGAGAUGAGGCUGUUUUGCAAGUCCCUCUUCCCCGUGGUGGACUAUGCCUACUGCACCAUCCCCACCUACCCCAGCGGCCAGAUCGGCUUCAUGUUGUGCAGCAAAAACCCGAGCACCAACUUCCGGGAGCCCGUGCAGCAGCUGACACAGAAGCAGGUGGAGCAGAUGCAGCUGAAGUACUACAACUCGGACGUGCACCGGGCGGCCUUCGUGCUGCCUGAGUUUGCCCGCAAGGCCCUGAACGAGGGGAGCUGAGCCCAGGUGCCACCGCCACAGAACUCCGACCAAGAGCCUCCAGGGUGCUGGGCCCACCUGCCUGGACGGGACCCUCUGCCGGCUCUUGCCCACCAACCAAGUGUUAACAGGCCCCAGAAUGCUGCCGGGUGCCCUGCUGGGCGGACUGUCUGUGUGGCCUCCAGCCUCCAAGUCUCUCCCAGCUGUGGACAGCACCGUCUCUGCUUCUGUCACCCCCUCACUCACCAAACAUGUGUAUUUAUAACAAAGUUCUAAACCGUGUGUCCCCUGACCUUGACUGGGUCCAGGCAGGACGCUCCCUGCGUAACCCUGGGCCAGCCCCUCUGCCUCCGCGGCACAGAGGGACACAGCAGUAGGCAAAGGGGACCCAGUUCUGUCCUGAGAAGCUGACUUUGCCAUUUUCCUUUCACCAAGCCCCAAGCAAGUGUGGCUGUGACACUCCUUGGGGCCAGAGCUGUGGGACUGAGAAGGCCAGGGUGGGGCUCUGAGGGACUCUGGGGUCCUCACGGGAUGAAGUCAAGCUCCACCCUGGGGCAGCUCCUGAAGGUGACUCGAGAGGGGCCAAGGUGGGACUCGGUGGGAGUCACGACACUAGGCGUAUUUAAGCAAAUCAGAAGCUUACCAUACUCCAAGGUGCACACCUGGGUUCAAAUCCUGCCUGCACCCCCUCAAGUGGCCUCAGGCACAUGCCUGAAAGCUCCCCCUAAGUGUGGAGAGGAUUAUAAAAACGUGGGUGCAGCACCAGGUACAACCGGCAUGUGACUGUCCCCUUCUCCCAACCAAGUCCCCUCUCCAAGGUGCUGAAGCUCCGCCCCUGGUGCCCCGGGCGCGUCGCCCUCCCGCUCUGAGAAAGCCUUCGCGAAACCCAGCCCCCUGGGCCUGGUGGAGGUGCGCACCCUCCACAGCUGAGUUGGGGGGUCCGCCUCCUAAAUCCGGGCAGAGUGGCCUAACCUCGAGUGGCCUCCAUCCCGGCAUGGUGCGGCGGUCCCCACCUCCUGCCCUGAGCAGGAAGUGACUCUGGGAUGUCUGGUAUAAUCCGGGGAGGGGAGUAAGGGUCCAGCCCUGAGUAGCCUCAGGCUGCUCCCCACCCUCCCUGGGCUCUGCACCUCCACAAGUUUUCUGGAUUCCAGGUACUCAGACGGCUGACCUUAGUCAGUUAACCUCACUCGGGGGAGGUUUGACAGGAAGUAGGACCCAGGGUCAGUGGCCUUGCAGAGCUAGCCGUCCAAGGGAGAGCAAUAGCUCUCUGGAGGGGAGGACGCAUUUUUGUGGACCAGGCCCCAGGGUAUACCACAUAGCUCGACUCAAAUUCACAGCCACCCAGGAGGAAGGUGCUACUUCACCUUUGUUCAAGGCACAGGAAGUUGCCCUCUUGUGCCCACAACCAUGCAGCUAGUAAGCCUGUGAUGGAGGACACACCCCAACCCCCCGCCCAGGCAGCUGAAGGCCUCCUAUAGGGGCGUCUGUUUGGACUUCUGUUCUCAGACCCUCAGAGCACAGGGAGUAGCUGGGAGAGAAGGUGGGACAGGGAGGAGGUGGUUCCAGGCCUCAACCCUGUGACCCCUUAGUCUGGGGGCGCUUCCCCAAGGUCUCUGGAGUCAGACAGGCCUGGGUCCCAUUAGCCUGUGGGACCUUGAGCCACUCCAUUUUUCUAUUUCCCCUUCUAGAAAAUGGGAGCAAUGACCCCUACUUUGAGUAAGAAGCAUGGGUAACACCCUGCUCACUGAGCAGUACAGCUCCGCAUUGGGCAGGGGAAGAAGGGGAGGGGGCCCAGGUGCACGCUGGAGCCUGGCCCCAAGUUACAGGAAUAGCCAGUUGCUGUCUCAGAAACAGUGCCUGGUGUCAAGGCUGACGUAGGCAGUGCAAAGCCUCCACUGCUCCAGCUUCUAGUAAAGUCUCUGUGAGCUCUACACCCGCCUCUGUGGAGCUUGAAUGCCGCAUCUGGGUGGACUUGAUGCAAAGGUACAGAUUGAUCUAAUGAAACAGAGGCAGGGACUUUGAAGGACACAUUGGCCUGCGUUCCCCAAAGUUCCAGAAAUCUUGGAGCAGGCCAUGAAGAGGCUCUAUUCGUAGAAUGACAACUAAUCUUAUCCAGGGUUUAAAAAAAAAAAAAAAUUAGCUAUUUAUCAAAGCUAGUCAUGCCCCUGGGCUUAAGAA